AUAAACUACACUUGUCUGUGUUGCCUGUGUUAUGUGUUUGUGUAUAUAUAUAUUCCACAGACCUAACGACAGGCAGACACCACUGGAAUGGGUGAGAAGUAUUAGAUUCUUUCUGCGAUUUCUUUUUUAACUGAAGUGCUGUUCCCAAGUCUAUCAAUGGCUUUCUUGGGGAUUGUAAAGCUCUGUUUCCACAUAUUCCUCUGUCUCAAUUGGAUGAAUUCAGCUCAAGGCCACGCAGGGAAGGAGGAAGACAAAGGAUAUGGCUACCCAUUUAUCAAACCAGCAAGCUCAUUCUCAUCCACAGGAUCAUCAUCAACAGAAUUCAGUAGACAGAUUAAGGCUUAUGACUACAUAAUUGUGGGAGGAGGCACAGCUGGGUGUCCCCUGGCAGCUACCCUCUCUCGGAAUUUCAAGGUUUUGGUACUGGAGAGAGGUGGUGUUCCUUUUUCCAACCCAAACGUCUCUUACUUGCAGAAUUUCCAUAUCUCUCUAGCAGAUACCUCACCAAGCUCUGCUGCUCAGCCCUUCAUCUCCACCGAUGGGGUCAUUAGCUGCAGAGCUAAGGUCUUGGGUGGAGGCACUUGCAUCAAUGCUGGCUUCUACACAAGGGCAAGCACUAGAUUCAUAAAGAGAGUUGGUUGGGAUACCGAAUUGGUGAAACAGUCAUUUCCAUGGAUAGAGAAGCAGAUAGUUCAUUGGCCCAAGCUGGCCCCAUGGCAACAAGCCCUGAGGGAUGGUCUCCUGGAAGUUGGGGUCUCACCUUUCAAUGGCUUCACCUAUAACCAUAUCUAUGGCACCAAAGUUGGAGGAAGCAUCUUUGACAACUCCGGCCGCCGCCACACCGCCGCUGAUCUUCUUGCCUCCGCCACCCCAGAAAACCUUACUGUAUUAGUUCGUGCAACAGUCCAAAAGAUCAUCUUUGAUACCAAGAACAGGAAGCAACCUAGGGCCGUGGGAGUGAUAUUCAAGGACGAAAAUGGGAAAGAACACAAAGCUUUCCUUGGAGAUAAACAGAGUAAUGAGGUGAUAUUAUCUUCAGGUGCCAUUGGUAGUCCUCAGCUGCUAUUACUCAGUGGAAUUGGUCCUAAAGAAGACCUAAAGAAGAUGAAUAUUCCGGUGGUGCUACACAAUGAGUUCGUCGGAAAAGGGAUGUCCGACAACCCCAUGAACGCCAUUUUCAUACCCACAAAGAAACCAGUUCGGCAAUCCCUCAUUGAAACUGUAGGAAUCACUAAAAUGGGUGUCUUCAUUGAGGCCAGUAGUGGUUUUGGACAGUCUAACGCUAGCAUCCACUGCAACCACGGAAUCAUGUCCGCGGAGAUUGGUCAGCUUUCCACUGUUCCACCAAAGCAAAGGACACUAGAAGCCAUUAAAGCUUACAAGGAAGGGAAGCAGAAUCUACCCCAUGAAGCAUUCCAGGGAGGUUUCAUUCUAGAGAAGAUUGUUGGACCCUUCUCCAAGGGAGAGCUCAGAUUGAACAGCACUGAUGCAGAUGAGAACCCAUCAGUCACCUUCAACUACUUCAGCCAUCCUUACGAUCUACGCCGUUGCGUUUCCGGAAUCCGAUUGAUCGAGAAGAUCGUACGGACCAACAACUUCACGAAGGUAGUGAACAGUGAUGUCUAUACUGAGGAGAUGCUGCUUAACAUAAGUACCAAGGCCAAUGUCAACUUGAUACCAAAGCACAUCAAUGAUACCCAGUCCGUAAAACAGUUCUGUAAGGACACAGUAAUCACCAUCUGGCAUUACCACGGUGGAUGCCACGUGGGUCAAGUGGUGGACCCAGAUUAUAAGGUCAUUGGUGUUCAUGGUCUACGUGUCAUUGAUGGUUCCACGUUCUCUGAUUCUCCUGGCACCAAUCCUCAGGCCACUGUGAUGAUGAUGGGCAGAUAUAUGGGAGUGAAAAUACUAAGAGAGCGAUUAGGAGAAGCAGCUGGCAUAUAAAAAUUAAUGAAAAUCAAUUAUUGGGAAUAUAUAUUUGUUGUAAUGUUUGAAAUAUAUUUUUGAUAAUUAUUCUAAUUCUUGUGGUGAAGAUGAAGUCCAAAUGUAUCACAAUCUUCUCCCCCCUCCCCAACCCCACCCCUCUGUCUCAAUCUCCCCCGCACAGUCUGUGUCUUCCAAAAAGACUUAUAUUAAUAAUUGAUUAAUUAUUGAAA